AAACGUCAAACGGUGUCAAGGUCUCUCAGUUAUCAAACAUCACAAAAUCUGAACCCUCUUCACUUGAGCUUUGAUUCUGUCUUUGCUAGUUUGUGUCAUUAAAUUUUAGCCAAAAUGGCAGGAAGGGAUAAAGCUACCAACCAAAUAGAGGAGUUUAAGAAGGCACAAGGGACCCCUGACUUGAUGACAACAGGUACAGGGUGUCCUGUAGGUAACAAAAAUGCCUCCAAAACUGUUGGACAGAGGGGUCCCGUGCUACUGGAAGACUUUGUGUUCACUGAUGAGAUGGCUCAUUUUAAUAGAGAAAGAAUUCCCGAGCGUGUUGUACAUGCUAAAGGAGCAGGUGCAUUUGGAUAUUUUGAAUGUACACAUGAUGUUACUAAAUACACCAAGCUGAAGCCAUUUGAAUUCAUUGGCAAGAAAACUCCUCUUGCUAUCAGGUUCUCUACUGUUGGUGGUGAAUCUGGGUCAGCUGACACAGCACGUGAUCCUCGUGGAUUUGCCGUCAAGUUCUACUCAGAAGAGGGCAAUUGGGAUAUGGUUGGCAAUAACACACCAAUCUUCUUCAUCAGAGACCCAUUCCUGUUCCCAAGUUUCAUUCAUACACAAAAGAGAAACCCACAAACACAUUUGAAGGAUCCUGACAUGUUCUGGGACUUUAUCAGUCUGCGUCCUGAAACUACCCACCAGGUGUCCUUCCUGUUCUCCGACCGUGGCACACCUGAUGGCUACAGACAGAUGAACGGCUAUGGAAGUCAUACGUUCAAGCUUGUCAACAAGGACAAUAAAGCAGUGUACUGUAAAUUCCACUGGAAGUGUGACCAGGGAAUCAAGAAUCUUAUGGCAGAUAAGGCUGGUGAUUUGGCAGGUAGUUCACCUGACUAUGCCAUGCGUGACCUUUACAAUGCCAUCGCCCAGGGCAACUACCCAUCCUGGUCCCUCAAGAUUCAAGUCAUGACCUAUGAAGAAGCUGAAAAGUUCAGGUGGAAUCCAUUUGACUUAACAAAGGUGUGGCCGCAGGGAGAAUACCCCCUCAUUCCAGUAGGUAGAAUGGUACUUAACAGGAAUCCUAAGAAUUAUUUUGCAGAGGUUGAACAGAUUGCCUUCUCACCUGCACACAUGAUUCCAGGUGUUGAGGCCAGCCCUGAUAAAAUGUUACAGGGUCGUCUGUUCUCGUAUUCGGACACACACAGACACAGACUGGGCAGCAACUACCUACAAAUCCCAGUGAACUGUCCUUAUAAUGCCAGGCUUAGAAACUACCAGAGGGAUGGUCCACAGUGUGUCACAGAUAACCAGGGUGGUGCUCCAAAUUAUUUCCCCAACAGUUUCAGCGGACCCCAGGAUGACACUAAAUACUUGGAGCACAUGGACAACUUUAAGGAUGGACAAGUUGGCAGAUACAAUACUGCAGAUGAUGAUAACUUCACACAAGUUGGAACAUUCUUCAACAAGGUGCUGUCAAAGGAGGAGAGGGAACGGCUCACAGAAAAUAUUGCUGGUCAUAUGAAAGAUGCUCAAGAAUUUAUCCAGAAGAGGGCGGUCGGAAACUUCGCUAAAGCUGAUCCAGAGUAUGGUAGAAUGAUCCAGGAAAAACUGGACAUGCACAAGAAAAAAUCACAGCCUGCAGCCUAGAAGUCAGGCGGAACUAUGGCACAGUUGUAGACAUAUGACAGACAUCAAUUAAUGACUUUUUAAAAAACAAUGUGAUAAUUUGGAUUUUUGUAAAUUUAAAAAUCUAAAAACCUGGUGAAAAAAUCUUUGUGGUCAGAGAUGUUAUUUAUUACUUCAAAGUAACUAGUGUUUAUAACAUAAAAACUCUGGAAAUCACGCAGUUGUGAUAGUGUAGAAAUAAUCUUAUAUGAAAAAUACUUUUUAAAGAUUUUUUUUGGUGAAAGUAAAACGAGAAUGUACAAAGAAACCAUCACAGAUUGUAUACAAUUAUGAUAUUUUACAUAAUUAUGUAAGUGAUUUUUGGUUUAUACUUAUAUAAAUGUUAAGGUUGGUGAGCAUAGUAUUAUAACUUGUGUCAAAAUAUCACAAAGGUAUUUGAGGUUGUUUCAUUUUCAGUAUAAAACAAUUGUUUUUGCUGUUGUAAUUAAGAUUAUAUGAUUUAUUUUGAUUAUAUACACAGGACAAUUAUCCACAGAUGUAAAUAUUUUUUAUAAAGGAUGGCUGCUUCUGAUAGUACUUGAAGCUGUAUAUACAUAUAUAUAUAUAAAUAUAUAUAAUAUAGGAUAUUAGGGAAUUGCCAAGAAGUGGUAUAAACCGCCAAGACAUGGUAUAAACCGCCAAGAAAUUGGUAUGAACAGCCAAGAAUUGGUAUAAAUGGCCAAAAUUUGGUAUAAACAGUUUCUUUUCAAUUAAAUAAUAUUUGAAAUAACCAAACAUUUCCAGUGUAACUUAUGAAUUUUCAGUUCUGAAUGAUACCAUGAACUUACCUCAAACACUUCUAUACUGGUCACCUUUGUUAGUUAGAGGCAAAUUUGUUAUUAUAUUUACAUUGAUUUACAAACCCCUGCUUGUUAUGCUGAUGAUAUGAUUUUAUACAUUGUAUCUGUUUUGUUAUUCGGAAAUCAGUUGACAUUGUUAUCAAUUCCUGUAUUUUAAAGAAUCAUGAAAAUAUUUUCAUCAUUGACAUAAUCAUGCUAUAAUUAAUAAAUGGAAAAUUAAACUGUUA